AUGCAUCGUCAGCUCGAUAUCAGGUCGCGGACCGUCGCGCCUGCGCGAAACCCGGCCGUCAUAUGCCGCUUCCACCUCCAAGGCUUUUGCCGGGCAGGCGAUAAGUGCAUUUUUGUUCAUGAGACGACGGAGUCCACGCCCGCGCCCCAAGUUGCUCCUCUCGCGGAGCAGGCAAAGCUGCCUUGCAAGUUCUUCCUCCGUGGACACUGCUCCAGAGGCGAGCAAUGUGCAUUUUCCCAUGACCAAGCACCUUCCGGCGAGGCGGCUGCGACGAAAACCCCAUCGGCCGAUACUCGCGCCCAGGUUUCGUGUUCCUUUUUCGCAAAAGGGCAAUGUCGAAAUGGAGAUGGUUGCCCUUUUCUACAUGCUGAAGACACGAUACCAGGUACCUUGUCUGAGGAAACGUUGGUUCCAGUAAUGGAAAAGUGCACUCGUGACCUACUCGGGGCAUCGAUCAGUUUUGGACCAGGGGCAUCAGUCGAAAAGGUCUCGCUCGUUUCCGACUUUUCCACGGCCAGAAUCAACAACCUCCCGCCUGGAAGCAGCCCAGGAUACGUUUCCCAUAUCCUCAGCCGCAUCGGCAUUCAGGUGCCCUCUACUUCGAUCCGCGUGCGGCCACAAGGGCAGGAGAACCUGAUGAUGGCGGCAGAUGUCAGGGCCGAGGAUCCAAAUUUCGCCAAGUCGCUCUGUGCCAAGUUUGAGGCUGGCGAGUUGUCUCAAGUCGACGGCUUGUCGAGCGUCAAAGUCUUCGCCCUCGCGGUACCAGCUUCCAACGGCGCGGGAGGCUUCGCUCACCGUGCCAACUGCAGAAAGGUGAUUUGCUCUUGGCAUAAGCCGAUGCAGUUGGCGCUGCUCAACUUUGACGACGAGGAGACAGCUAGAGAUGUAUGUGACCGCUUCUCCAGGGGAGCAUACAAGGUCCUCGGCUCAACUGUCUCUUGCGGGUUGCGUCAGGCCGACGACCCAUACUCGUACGGGGGCUAUCGACGCAGGUUUCCCUCUGUGUCUCGUAAGUGGACUCUUUCGCUUCGAGUGCCACUCAAGGCCUCUGCCAAGGAUAUACUGCGCAUGAUGCCCAGAGAUUCGAGACCAAGCCGCGUCAAGUUUGAAGGCACUACAUACAGGCUGGGGGAAGAAUGCAACGCGAGACAGCUCGCCAUGAUAGAGAAGCUUCUGACAAGCAUCGGGCCUCUGGAAAUGAAACUAACCGCCAACACGGAGACCCCGGGGAAGCGAGUCAAGGCCAUGGCUCGAUUCACAGAUGAAGCAGACGCGAAGGAGGCCGCAGGGGCGCUCAACAAUACGCGGCUGCCAUUCAACGAGUCUGAUAAGCUCAACGUCAACUUGGUGUACUCGUCUACCUACAAGGUUGCUACCAAGGUUUUUGAAGUCGUCCAAGGAGACAUCGGGGCGGCCGAGAUUGCGUACAGUGAGCUGCACAUCAAUUUCAAGCACUUCCCGCCGACCAACGGAUACACCACUUUGCGGUUGGAGGGUGAGGGCCGCGAAGAGCUUGCCGCUGCUGAGAAGGUGGUUGAUGGCAUUCUCCAAGGCCAGAGAGUAACUGACAAAGAGGGCGAGAAGCCCUUCUGGAACCCGUCUUUCGGUAACAGAGCAGCGGCAAGCAAGGCCCUUGGGCCAAUCGAACAGUUGUUCGGGGUCGCCUUCCAGUGCGUUCCUUCCAAGGCAGAGAUACGAGUGUACGGAACGCUAGGCAAAGUCAACAAGGCUCGCGAUGCAUUGCUCGACGCCUUUGGUGACAGCCCGUCGACGUCGCAUUUCAUAUCGCUCGACGAGAAGAGCUUCCAAUGGGCCAUCCGUGGCGGCUUCCGGGACCUGAGAGACGCCUUGGGCCUCGAGAAUGUGAUUUUGAGCAUCCUGCCGACAACCAAGAGAAUCGAAGUGAUAGGCGCUCGAGCGUCAUAUGAUCUGGCCAUAGACAUCAUGUCCGGGAAGAAGACAGUGUCGCAGAAACAGCUAGAGCCCGCUGCUAACGACUGCUCCGUGUGUUGGACCGAGGCCGAGAAUGCUCUGACAACUAAGUGCGGGCAUGUCUACUGCCUCGACUGCUUCGAGAACUUUUGCCAGUCCGCCGAUACGGGCCAUGGUGGCUUCAAUCUGAAAUGCCUGGCCGACGAGGGCUCUUGUGGUACUGUUUUUGGCCUCCCAGAACUGCAAGAACACCUGUCCUCGCUCGCCUUCGAGGAACUCCUCGCCUCGUCCGCCAAGUCCUACGUCAAUACACGGCCGGACGAGUUCCGAUACUGCCCAACAGCGGACUGCGGACGGGUCUACCGGGUGGCUCCGUCAGACCGACCCGGAGUAUUCACCUGCCCCGGCUGCCUCAAGACCGUAUGCACCUCGUGCCAUCAUUCCCAUGCGGGCAAGUCGUGUGCCGAGUACAAAUACGUCGUUUCUGGGGGCGAAGACGAGUUCGAAAAGGCCAAGAAGAAACUUGGGAUAAAAGACUGUCCAAAGUGUAGGACCUCGAUUCAGAAGUCGUCGGGAUGCAACCACAUGACCUGCGGCCGGUGCGGCGUGCACAUCUGUUGGGUCUGCCUUGCUACGUUUCCGACUGGCAAUGCGUGUUAUUUUCACAUGAACCAAAAGCAUGGGUCAAUAUUUCCUAAUGACCCUUUGUAUAAUCCAUAA